AUGACUCAAAACAAGUACACUGUUAUUCUUCCUACUUUUAAUGAACGCGAUAAUUUGCCUAUUAUCACUUGGUUACUUGUCAAGACAUUUAAGGAACACGCUAUUGAUUGGGAAAUAGUGAUUGUCGAUGACAAUAGUCCUGAUGGCACUCAAGAUGUAGCCAAAGACCUCAUUCAAAUCUAUGGUGAUCGUAUUCAAUUAAGACCUCGUGCAGGUAAACUCGGUCUAGGUACUGCUUAUGUUCAUGGUCUUCAAUUUGCUACUGGUACACAUAUUAUCAUUAUGGAUGCUGAUUUCUCUCAUCAUCCUAAAUUCAUUCCUCAAAUGAUAAAAUUACAACAAGAAAAGAACUUUGAUAUUGUCAGUGGUACUCGAUAUAAAUCAGGUGGUGGUGUCUAUGGUUGGGACUUGAAGCGUAAACUGGUCAGUCGUGGUGCUAAUUUCUUGGCUACGUUGAUGUUACGCCCACAUGCAUCUGAUUUAACAGGCAGUUUUCGUCUCUAUAAAAAAGAUGUCUUGUAUCAACUCAUUCAUGCCACUAUUUCCAAGGGGUAUGUGUUCCAAAUGGAAAUGAUUGUCAGAGCAAGACAAUUCAAUUACUCUGUGGGUGAGGUCCCUAUUACCUUUGUCGAUCGUGUCUAUGGUGAAAGUAAGAUGGGCGUGUCUGAAAUUGUUCAAUAUGCUCAAGGUGUUUGGCGAUUAUUUACCAGUAUUUAA